CCGCCUCUGCCGCCAUCUUGGGCGGGAGGGGAACGAGUCCUCCAGCUCCUCCUCCUAUAGGAUUUCCGGCGGGCUGAGGCAGGGACGCCUCACGUCGCCUGCGCGCGCGGAGCAUUCUGGGAGUGGUAGUCCACUAGGCCUCCCUCUUCCGAGCCGCUGGCGCGGGCUGUCUGAGCCGGAGGAACUCUGUUUCCCAGGGUGCCCAGCGGGACGGGGGUGCUGCCCACCCAGCUGGGGAGCUGCUACACGCCGCAACAGGAAGCCUGGGGGCUGCGGGGCCGCCGAGACCCGUCACCCAGGAGCAGGAUGUAUACGCUGCUGUCUGGACUUUAUAAGUACAUGUUCCGUAGGGAUGAGUACUGCAUUUUGAUCCUUGGGCUGGACAAUGCGGGGAAAACGACCUUCCUUGAGCAGACUAAAACCCGAUUUAACAGGACCUACAAGGGGAUGAGCUUAUCGAAAAUCACUACCACUGUGGGCUUAAACAUUGGUACUAUUGAUGUGGGCAAAGCGCGGCUAAUGUUCUGGGAUCUUGGAGGACAGGAUGAGCUGCAGUCCCUCUGGGACAAGUACUAUGCUGAAUCCCAUGGGGUCAUCUAUGUUAUCGACUCCACUGAUGAAGAGAGGCUCUCAGACUCUAAAAGAGCUUUCGAGAAAGUGGUCACCAGUGAAGCUCUGGAAGGGGUUCCCAUACUGGUGUUAGCUAACAAGCAGGAUGUAGAGACCUGUCUGUCGAUCCCUGACAUCAAGACAGCGUUUAGUGACUGCAUUAACAAAAUUGGGAGGAGAGACUGCUUGACGCAGGCCUGCUCAGCUCUCACUGGCAAUGGGGUGAACGAGGGAAUUGAGUGGAUGGUGAAAUGCGUGGUGAGGAACAUUCAUCGGCCCCCCAGGCAGAAGGACAUCACGUAAGAAGGUGCUGGGUAACUGAAGCCUGGACAGCUUCUUCCCAUACAGACUGCUCUCUCUACAGAAGAAGGUCCACAGGACUCCUAUUACACCUGAUUCUUUCGUCAUUUGUUUGUUUGUUUUGGAGGCAAACAUUCUUUUUUCUCUAUCUAAAAGGAACUGUAAGAGCAAAGGAUUUGGACUAGGAAAUGUUUCUAGCGUUGUGUAUUAAUCCCUUGGCCGGAGAGCGCCCAGCCUUCCCAGGUACUGGGUGGUAACUCACGCUGCGGCCAGGCUGUUCAACUGCAGGGAUUUAGAGAUUUGAACUUCAUUGCUUUAGGCUGCGGGAUGUUAUGGUUCUUGGGUUCUUAAUCUAAUACAUGCUAGAGGCCAGUUCAUUGGGUUCUCAUGUUCCAUUCACUGAUGGAAGCUACUUCCAAACCUUAAUUGUAUCAAAGGUGGUAGCUCUGUGUGGGUGAAGGACAGAGGGGAAAGGUCUGCACUUCACCACCCCAGUGAUCAUUGGAGGUGGUGUUACUGGCCUUAUUUAUGCAGUUGUUAAUGCAAUGGUUAGGGUCAAUGUUGAUUAUAGUUCUAUUUCCACUGUGGCAAAGUGAGCUGUGACUUUACAGUACUGCAGAGAUGGAAGCCAGCAGCUGCAUGAUGGCAUGUAAGCUCACAAUGGGCUAUUUUAACUGGAAAAUGACCUUCAGAAGUGUCGCCUCGUGUUGAUUGUCAAUAGCACUAUUGUGCUAUCUAUCUGAUUUGAGAGAAUACCUGGUGUCUGUACUGUAAUUAGGAGGGAUUGAGGCCCUCUGUAUGUGUGUUCCAGGAUGAAAGCUGUGCCUGUAAGCUGGGUGGGAUAAGUAUACAAUAAAGCUUCAUGCUGCUC